AUGGAUACAAUAGGAUUACAAUCAACAUUAUAUAACUUUUAUAAGUAUCAAUAUUUUAAUGAUGACAAUGAUGACGACGAUGAUAAUAAUCGACAAAGAAAAGUAGUACCUUCUCUACCUGUUAUUAUCAUAAAAUCGAUAUUAGAUCUGUUAUUUAGAGAUCAUCGAGUUUCGAUACUCUGGAAGGUUAGAUCUUUGUCUUUGGUGUCACGUCUAUUCUUUAAUGUCAUAUCAAAGAUGUUGACCGAACAACCACAUGAAUCUCUAGAGAUCAAAUCAAUGAUAUCGUUCAUCGGAUCGGAAUAUUGUUUGUUCAAAUCGACGCCACUACACCUUAAUGACUAUGAGAUAAUGUACAUUCCCGAAGCAUGGCAAAUGCGGUGCCAAAAGAAUCUGAAAUCACUCACCCACACCAGAAUUAUUGAUAUGCCAGAUCAAGAGUAUAUAGGUUCGCAAAGACUAAUCAAUAUUCUCAAUACUUCGCAACUGGAGAAGCUAUCGUUUGUGGAAUGCACUACCGCAUCGGUGCGUGGCAAGAAAUUUACAAAGGUUUGGGACAUGGAUCGCAAUCACUUUCAGUUGCUCAAUGUCAUGAGAGAGGCAGACUACAAGUUCUACGAGGAUCUAGAGAAACGCGGUCUAGAUAGCGGCGAAUAUGAAUAUGGUUUUAUCUCCGAGUUGAACGAGAGCUACAUUCAACAGUUGAUAAGAUCCAACACCAAACUGAAGGAAAUCUAUGUGGAAUAUGUGGAUUCUCUAACCGACUAUUCCACAAGAAUUGUAGAUUAUGUAAAGAUCCACAGUAAACUAACGCCAGUUGAAUGUCUACUUACAAAUGCUCAGUUUGAGAAUCCAACAGUGGUCAUCUAUUCAAAACCUUCGGAAGGUUAUAUCAAAUUAAGGCAAUUGGUAAACAAAGACUUUGUGAAUGAAGAUUUUGGUGAUUCUUACUACUCAGAAAAGACCACACACCUAUCGUUGGAGCUUUGGUCGCUCGAUACAUCCAACUGGAGACUGGUGCCGAUCAUGAAUUAUCUGUUUAUUGAACCAAAAGAAAUUCAGUUGAAAAGACUCGAUUUGACACUUCUAAAUUGUAGAGAAACAAUUGAAUCUUUUAACAAUGAUCAAUUCUUUGUUAAAUUAAAUUCAAUUAUUCAGACAAUGCAUCAUUAUCAACCAUUUAAAACAAUAGAACUAUUUACACUCUCACUACAAAUCAAGGAAUGGGACUCGCCUAUAAAGAUUCCAAUAGUUAAUCAAGCGUUAGUCGAGAAAAGAAAGAUUAAAUUAAAUAACUUUGAACCCAACAAUGAUUUUACCGAAUUUAAAAGAUCAAUAAACAAAAUCAAAUCUUGA